AUGGAGCAGAACAACAGUUUGCCUCCUUUCCAGGGUCUUGCCUCCCCUCAGGUAACUAAUUUGACUUAUAACAGAUUUGAGUGAGACGUUAUUGUAGUCAACACAGAAACAACAUUGCUCAAAUGUUUUAGAUUCAACUAGCCUAAUUGAGGGAUUGUUCUUCCAUCCUUCAAAGGGGGCAAUGACUCCUGGUAUGCCCAUUUUCAGCCCCAUGAUGCCCUAUGGCAGUGGUCUGACUCCCCAACCUGUGACGAACACCAACAGCCUGUCUCUCCUGGAGGAGCAGCAGCGGCAGCAACAGCAGCAGCAGCAGCAGGCUUCGGCCCAGCAGGGUGGGGUGCCAGGGGGCUUGGGACAGACACCACAGCUUUAUCACUCCCAAACGGUCACGACCACCACACUGCCAGGAAACACCCCCCUCUAUACCGCUACACCGCUAACCCCCAUGACACCCAUCACACCUGCCACUCCUGCCUCGGAGAGCUCUGGGAUUGUACCACAGUUACAGUAAGUGUUCUUGAACAAUUCAUUAGUUAAUUAGUCUCAACCCCUAUGUACUCCUAUAAAGCUGGAACACAAGAAGCUAAUAGAUCAAGGUGAAUAGUGAUGUGACCAUAUCAACAACGAGAAUCUCCCAUCCUGAUUGCAUGGUUUAUUCCCUUCCCUCUUUAGGAACAUCGUAUCCACUGUGAACUUGGGCUGCAAACUUGACUUGAAAACAAUAGCACUGCGAGCUAGAAAUGCUGAGUACAACCCCAAGGUAAGAAUAAGUUGUUAUUCUUCAUUUGCACAAAUCAUUGUCAGGGCCCAGGGAAAGGUGAAAUAGGACCAGGCUAAAAUGCAACUAGAAUGGACCCACAAGGCCGACUGUUGUUAUUUUGACUAAAUUCACAACUUUCUCAACUGUUCUUGUCUUACAGCGAUUUGCUGCUGUAAUCAUGAGAAUACGAGAGCCAAGAACAACUGCACUUAUCUUCAGUUCUGGAAAAAUGGUGUGCACGGGAGCCAAAAGGUUAGUAUCAUCCUUUAAAAAAUAUAUAUAUUUUACACAAAACAUAUCAAAACAUCUGUUUUAAAGACCUCCUCAUGCUCCCUCCUACCCCUUCAGUGAAGAGCAGUCCCGCCUGGCAGCCAGGAAAUACGCCAGAGUCGUGCAGAAGUUGGGCUUCCCAGCCAAAUUUCUUGAUUUCAAGAUUCAGAACAUGGUGGGCAGCUGUGACGUCAAAUUCCCCAUUCGGUUAGAGGGACUUGUACUAACUCACCAGCAGUUCAGCAGGUUUGUCAUAUUCACUACUGCAAAAUUAAAGCCUGUAAUAUCUGAUGGGAUUCAUUCUUAUACUUGGAAUUCUGCCAUAUUUUGUUCAUUAAUGUAUAAUACUAAGAUCAAAUCAAAUGUUAUUUGUCACAUGCGCCGAAUACAACAGAUGUUGACCUUACAGUGAAAUGGUUACUUACAAGCCCUUAACCAACAAUGCAGUUUUAAGAGAGAAUACCAAAAAAAUAAAAAAUAAUACUGUAUAAAAUAAUACGAAAUAAAAGGAACAGAUAUUUAAAGAGCAGCAGUAGAAAUAACAAUAGCAAGGCUAUAUACAGGGGGUACCGAGUCAAUGUGCGGGGGCACCGGUUAAUUGAGGUAAUAUGUACAUGUAGGUAGAGUUAUUAAAGUGACUAUGCAUAGAUAAUAAACAAAGAAUAGCAGCAGUGUAGAGAGGGGGGGGGGGGGGGGGGGGGAGGGAGGGAAUGCAAAUAGUCUGGGUAGCCAUUUGAUUAGAUGUUCAGGAGUCUUAUGGCUUGGGAGGAGAAGCUGUUUAGAAGCAUCUUGGACCUAGACUUGGCGCUCCGGUACCGCUUGCCGUGUGGUAGCAGAGAGAACAGUCUAUGACUAGGGUGGCAGGAGUCUUUGACAAUUUUUAGGGCCUUCCUCUGACACUACCUGGUAUAGAGGUCCUGGAUGGCAGGAAGCUUGGCCCCAGUGAUGUACUGGGCCGUACGCACUACCCUCUAGUGCCUUGCGGUCGGAGGCAGAGGAGUUGCCAUACCAGGCAGUGACGCAACCAGUCAGGAUGCUCUCGAUGGUGCAGCUGUAGAACCUUUUGAGGAUCUGACGACCCAUGCCAAAUCUUUUCAGCCUCCUUAGGGGGAAUAGGUUUUGUCGUGCCCUCUUCAUGACUGUCUUGGUGUGCUUGGACCAUGUUAGUUUGUUGGUGAUGUGGACACCAAGGAACUUCAAGCUCUCAACCUGCUCUACUACAGCCCCGUCGAUGAGAAUGGGGGCGUGCUCGGUCCUCUUCUUUUUCCUGUAGUCCACAAUCAUCUCCUUUGUCUUGAUCAUGUUGAGGGAAAGGUUAUUGUUCUGGCACCACACGGCCAAGUCUCUGACGACCUCCCUAUAGGCUGUCUUGUCGGUGAUCAGGCCUACCACUGUUGUGUCAUCAGCAAACUUAAUGAUGGUGUUGGAGUCGUGCCUGGCCAUUCAGUCAUGAGUGAACAGGGAGUACAGGAGGGGACUGAGCAUGCAUCCCUGAGGGGCCCCCGUGUUGAGGAUCAGCGUGGCGGAUGUGUUGUUACCUACCCUUACCACCUGGGGGCGGCCCGUCAGGAAGUCCAGGAUCCAGUUGCAGAGGGAUGUGUUUAGUCCCAGGGUCCUUAGCUUAGUGAUGCGCUUUGAGGGCACUAUGGUGUUGAACGUUGAGCUUUAGUCAAUGAAUAGCAUUCUCACAUAGGUGUUCCUUUUGUCCAGGUGUGAAAGGGCAGUGUGGAGCGCAAUAGAGAUUGCAUCAUCUGUGGAUCUGUUGGGGCGGUAUGCAAAUUGGAGUGGGUCUAUGGUUUCUGGGAUAAUGAUGUUGAUGUGAGAUUGGUAUUCUAAAGUGAUUUAAUACUGGGAGCAAAGAUUAGAAGUAGGCCUCAUUUUUUUUAUUGUUAUUUUUCAGUUAUGAACCUGAGUUGUUCCCUGGGCUAAUCUACAGAAUGAUCAAACCCAGAAUUGUCCUGUUGAUAUUCGUUUCAGGCAAAGUUGUAUUAACAGGUGAGGUUUUUCUCCCUUUCCUAAUAACAUAUAGAAAAGGCAUUUGUUGUCCUUAAUUUUUGUCAAAUGUAACUAUUUACUAUCCUUUUUGCUGCUUAUUUCAAGGUGCAAAGGUGAGAGGAGAAAUUUAUGAAGCAUUUGAAAACAUCUACCCCAUCUUGAAAGGAUUCAGGAAGACGACGUAAAUAUUUAUGCCUGCAAUCUUUUUUUUAAUUUCUUUUUUUAAUAGUCACAGGGGAACUUGCUCUAUGUUGUGACCCGUUACAUUGGGACUCUGAUUGGACCUGUACAGUUUAAUCGGCAAGUCAGGGACCCCUCCUAUUCACCUUAAUGGUGAUUUGAUACUAGGGGAAAUGCUGUAUUUUAGCAGUUUUAUUUGUUUUAAAUGGCUCUUGCUUGUUAUUAAAUGAGGCAGUCUGGCUGGCUAUUUCUUUUCAUUUAAGCAUUUAAUUUUUCUAAAGUAGUUUUUAAGAUGUUAUCUUAUCGUUUCUCAGUGCAUGUUUGUCAACACACCCUACAAGCAGACAUUCAAGAUUCAUAACAUGAUUAUUUCAAUGGUUUUUACAGUCAAUUUAAUUGUUAUAUGAAGAAUCUCCAGAUUGAAUGUUACUUAGGAUUGUUUUGCAAGGCUUACCAAUUUGUCCUUAUUUCUACAAUAUUGUUUGUACAUAUUACAUUUUGAUAACGCUUUGCUGCUGAAGGCAAGAAAAUGGCGUAACGUGGAGUGGAACAUUCAUCAUGCAACCUUGUGCAUCUAAGGAGUGUUAUUAGUAAUCUAUGUACUUCAGAUGUCUUAUUUUUCUCAUUCCGUUUUUGGUCAUUAAGUGCUAUUUAAGAACCGUCAUGUUUUAAUGCUAGAAUAGACAAACAAAUUCACCAUGGAUUUUGUUUCAAUAGUUGAUACGUACUGUAUUUGGUCUACCAACUAAGCCCACGAAAGCACGGUCAGUAAUUAUGUUCUGGUUUUAAAUGUUAUUUUGCUCCAUUGUGUGCAAUUAAAUAUUCACUUACCAAUUGUGAUCUCC